AUGAAUAAUGAGUCUCAAGAAGACCUCAAUAUUAAUAAUGACAGUGAAUACGAAGAACAAGAUUACGCCAGCGUCAUUAGCAGCGACACAUCAAAUGGCACCCCCACAAGGAACAAGCGUAUGCCAACUAAACAACUAAUGAUGGAUGACUUCCUAAAUGCCGAUACUUCACGAAAACUAUCUAAAACCAACAUCAACUCUUUAGCUGAAGCGAACUUAAUUGCAAGCGUUGAAAAUAAUUUUUAUUCAAAUAACUAG